AUGCCCGCCGGCGGCUCCAUCUUUGUUCGGGCCAAAACCGACGCCGAUAAGCCACCACUACUCCUGAUCCACGGCUACCCGCAGACUCACGUCGAAUGGCACCCCAUCAUACCAGCUCUACUUCCGCAUUUCAGCGUUGUACUGAUAGACCUCCGCGGCUACGGCCAAUCAAGCAUCGUCCCAAGCACCAACGGCUCGGGCUACUCCAAGCGGCUGAUGGCCGAGGACUGCAUCGCCGUCAUGGCAAAGCUGGGAUACAGCAAGUUCUCUGUCAUGGGCCAUGACCGCGGUGCGAGGGUCACGUACCGCCUUGCCUUUGACCACCCCGAGGUGCUCACGAAAGCGGUCGUGCUCGACAUCAUACCGACGGCGGCCAUGUUCGAGAGCUUCGGCAACACGGGCUCGGCGCUGAAAGCCUACCACUGGCUCUUCCUGGCGCAGCCCGCCCCGUUCCCGGAGGACAUGAUCAAGGGCGCGGACGGCGGGAGGCGGUUCGUGGAGCACUCGCUGUCCGCCUGGACCAAGGACAAAAACCUCGACGCGUUCGGCGCGGCCGCCAUGGACGCGUACCGCAAGGCGUACUGCGACGACGCGAGGAUCCACAGCACGUGCGAGGACUACCGCGCCGGGGCCUUCCUCGACAGGAAGUACGACGAGGAGGAGCUGCGGGCGGGGCGGAAGAUCAAGACACCCCUGUUGGCUGUCUGGGGCGCGACGGGGUUCCUCGUCGAAGGAGCGCCGGCUGUCAAGACCGAGGGGCCUCUUGAGACGUGGCAGAAAUAUGCCGAGAAUGUGACCGGGGUGGGCCUCGAGUGUGGUCAUUUCAUCCCGGAAGAAGAUCCGGAAGGGCUGCUGGAAGUUCUCUUGCCUUUCUUGCUUGAGAACUAA